GAUUUAAUUCAUCAGCAGUAUAACAUGAUGAGUUAACGACGUUUUGGAGUUCUAAGUAGAAAUAAUUUAGGAUUUCUACGGAAGUCAUUUCAAUGUUAAUGGUCGAGGAUCGAAACAUCGCCUAAUAAUUCUCGAAGAUUUCGAGUUGUAUCUCUCUGUAUUAUGAAAGUUGAGACGUAAAACGCCAUAUAGUACAAUGUUUACAUAUUGCUUAUAGCUAUUAUUGUAGCAAUUCUACCUGCCAUAUUAAACUCUUAAAGCUAGACGGAGACAAACGAAACAAACACACUUUGCCACCGCCAUCUUGUGCGAUAGCAUGUCGACCCUGGUUCCGCAGAGGUCCGCAAAUACUGAAUAUAUUUGCGGCGUUUGCGCACAAACAUCAGUACUCACUAGCAGUCGCACCGACAACAACACAACUCAAAGCAAUAUGUCUACCGCAGCAAAACCCGCCAAGAAGCCUGCAGAGCACCCCAAGUACACCGAGAUGGUUGCUGCAGCUAUCGAUGCACUAAAGGAACGCAGCGGAUCUUCCCGCCAGGCUAUCGAGAAAUACAUCAAGGCCAACUACAAGGUCGGGGAUAACGUCGACACCUAUUUGAAGCUGGCCCUCAAGCGCAUGAGCGGGAAAGGCACUCUAGUCCACACAAAAGGCACUGGAGCUUCUGGCUCGUUCAAAUUGAACAAGGCCGCCGUGAAGGCUGAGAAGCCAAAGAAAGCGAAGAAGCCAGCGGCAAAGAAACCCAAGGCUGCCAAGAAACCCGCCGCCAAAACAACUCUCUCCAAGAAAGCCAAAUCCCCCAAGAAGCCAGCACCUAAGAAGGCAACAAAGUCGCCCAAGAAGGCACCGAAAAAGCCGGUUGCUAAGAAACCAGCAGUUGCCAAGCCCAAGAAGGCAGCGAACAAGCCCGCGGCAAAGAAGGCCGCCAAGAGACCAGCCAAGAAAUAAAGAGACUAUACGGUCAUUUUACACACAAAAAACGGCUCUUUUAGGAGCCACACACCUAAACGAAAGUCAUGUCUUACUCAUCAUUGCAUAACUUGCUCCAAAAAUACACAUUAUAAACAAUCCUACACCGAAUAGCGAGCAUUAUCGUUCGCGCCAAAUGAUAUACAUCUAACAAUUCAUUCCAAAU